UUUUGAACGGUGGGGAAUUUUAACCGUCAGCCGCCGCCACAGCUCAAAACACCCAACAGAGCUGAAACGUGUACAUGUUAAUUUCUCCUCACAAAACAGAGUGAACCACCGCACCAACAUGGAUUUGGACUCCAUGAAAUAUGCAGAGUUGCGAAGCCUCGCCAAGGAGCUCGGACUUAAAGCCAACAUGAAGGCCGAUAAACUUCUGAAAGCGAUCAAGCAGCAUUAUGAACAAGAAAAGAACAAGGAGGAAGAUGGACAGGGAGAAGAGAAAGAUGCCACUGCUCAACAAAAGGAAGAAAAUUCAUCCAUGGACAGUACUCAGGAAAAUAAAGACUCAUCUUGCGAUGAAGAAUUUUCCAGCCCCACUGUGUUUGUGAACACACGUCGAGGCAGAGGAAACGGUACCAAGAGAAAGAUCCCUGAUCCUGAACCAGUGACCGAGUGUGAUGCCAAGUUGCCUCCAAGUACUGCAGAGGCUGACUCCACAGUGGCUGCAUCUAUUGGUGCCAGGGGUGCUAAGAAGAGAAGAGUGUCCUUUACAAAGGAUUCUGACAAAAGUAAAGCUGAAGCCACUGACAGUGAGAAGCAGCAGCCUGAAACUAAGGAUGAAGCACCUGUGCAGGGUGAUGCAGUAAAAGCAACAAAAGUGGCCAGAGCUGGUAGAAUCCCUCGUUAUCAAGGGCUGCAGAUGAACAAGCCGGCGUUGAAGCCCAUAACUCCCAACUUCAAGAAACUCCAUGAGGCACAUUUUAAAAAGAUGGAGUCAAUUGACUCCUAUGUCCAGCGAAAGACCAAGCAGAUGGACACUUACAGAAGCUCAGCUAAAGAACUGAAGCAACUUCCCGACAAAACUAAACUGUCGCAAGCUGAUGGCAAGGCUCAAGCGAAAGCAACUCGUGCGUCCAUGUUCAGCCCCAUCGUGGUUAACAAGAGGGCAGCUGAGGACAAACGUAGACACACUUUGCUCUCGGCCAGUAAAGCGCCUCCAAAGAAACCUGCUGGGAAGGAAGAGGCUCUGUUCAGACCAACUGUCCUUUCCACUCGCAGGAUCAAUGUCCGGUUCUCGGAGGCCACUCAUGACAAUGAGUACAAGAGGUCCAUGGUGAAGACGCCGGCACGUAUGUCGCCCUGUCUGACCUCAAGCACCCCACAAAAACAGGCGGCUGAUGGAGGAAAACCCAACAAUGUCAAGACUUCAACUUUCUCUGCCACAAAAACUCCAGGAACAUUUGUUUUCACGGGCAACACAAGUAUCUCAAAAACACCUGGAACACAAAAGAAGAUCAACUUUGAUCUGAAGGCGAGUCUCUCUCGUCCACUCACCUACAAGCCUCAUACAGGUAAGCUGAAGCCGUUUGAGGAGCCCAAAGAAAACACAGCAGGAAACAUAUCACUGAUCUCAAACUCGCAUCAGAAAAAUUACAAAAAGCACCAAGUCCAGACACGAGAGGACAGACGAGCAAAACACAUGGAAGGCCGGAAGCAGAAAAAGGAGAAUGCUCUCGGGGCAAGAAGAGGCCUCGUUAUGAUGUAAAAGUGUCGUAUUGUCAAUGCUCGUUUGUACAGCCUGUUGUUUCAGUGUAAAUAUUUUCUGUCAUUUUUAGCGUACUGUUGGGAAAUUAGACAAGCUUACAUUUUCUGCUUCUAUAUCCAUCCUACCACGCAGCGUUUUUAGAUUUGACUUGUGCAUUAGCCGGUCACAUUUUAUAGCUCCGAUAUAGCCGUUUAUGUAAUUUCAUGAGCAGCGAAUGGAUUUCUUUUAUUGGUGCUCUCUAAAGUCGUACUUUUUGUUCUUAAAAAGUUGGUGUUUUUACUUUUUUAGUGAAGACUGAUAAAAAGACGUUGAUGCAAAAUA